AUGUCCCAAUCAGAGUCGAAAUCAUGUCCAUCCCGUCGUCCACGCAAGGAGGGGAAGCGAUCGAAGAAUGGCUGCCAGACAUGCCUAAGCAAACGAGUCAAAUGCGAUGAAAAGCAACCUGUCUGUACAAGAUGUGCUCGUCUCAAGCUAUCAUGUCAAUGGAAAGAUGCCAUGCCAUCGCUGGCCCAGCGAAGACGGGGAUUCGGUCCAGUAAAGGACAGGUCUUGUUGGACACCGAGGGCAAUCCAACCGAGAAUGGCGUCCGAUGAACCUGCAAUUCCGAUCAAUACAUUAGAAAAUCAGGAUUUUGAAUAUCUCCCAGAAGUGGAAAAUGUGCAGCAGGUAUUGGCUGCUGAUUAUGUCGGACAGUCAGUGGCAUUGGAUGAUGUUAUACAACAACACACAGAGGCAGAUAUAUCCGGAAGAUGCUAUGAUGGUUUCGAUUCAACCAACCAACACAUGGCAAUCGCAUCUAUACAGUCGCCCUGCUGGUCAAUAAUAGACACUCUCAUCCCUAAAAAUGAUUUCAUCUCUGCAACCGACAUGCAGGCCCUCUCCUUCCAUCGGGCGGUUUUUGCCCCCUUGAAAUCAACGCAGGACUCUUCUCGGUCUGCUCAUUCGCUCUUCCUCCAUCGUGCCUUUGACCGUCAGAUGGCUUUGCAUUUUCUCCUUGCUGUGUCGCACAGCGAAUUGGCUAUCCAUCGUGGCUGUGGAUUCUAUCCUCCUGUUGAAUCUCGUCUACAUUUCCGCCGGGGUUUUGAGCUCUUUACGACAAUGAAGAACAGCAAUACACCGAUGGAUCACUUGAACACCAUGCUAUCCUUCUUAUAUAUGUACAUCUUCUGGAUGCGCAGGGAUCGUCUAAGCCCGCAGAGACUGCACAAGCUGAGUCGACAUGUGUAUAGCUAUGCCAAGAAGCAUAGCUUGGAGCAUGUUUGUUCCAAUGAAGACUUGCUCUUCCCACUCGACCAUCUCCUGUCGGGACUGAUCCCAAUGUCCGACCAGGUAUUACUGGCGAGGAUUCUGAUCUAUCUCUAUGAUCGAGAUGGAUUCUGUUGCUUCUUUGGUUGUGGUGGCUAUCUAGCCAACUAUAUCAACAGAUCCCCGGUUCUACGGCAGGCAAUCUGGCGGGUCUCCCGGGCGCCUUUUCUCUGGCCGAUAUUGGAUCUCAACCUUGCAGAUAAUUCGAAUACGGAGACUAAUAGUGGCAGAGUAUUCGAUCUUUAUUUUGAGUUGAUCGUUCUGCAUCAGCAGGUGAACUGCCUCAGUCAAGGGCUGAUGGCUGACUCCUGUGAGACGGGAUUAAAACUUCGACAUUGCCUGAAGCAGAUAGAACAGGGCAAUCCUUUCAUCAAUGAUAUGAAACAAAACGACCAGCCGCAACCACUUAUGGCCUGUGUCACCGUCACAUUCUUCCACGCCCUUCGCAUCUAUCUUUGUCGAUCGACCAAUCACCCCUUUGGCAGCAUACCAGUCCAUCCUGAUAUCCAAGACUCUCUUUCGAGAUUAAUAUCAGCUGCAUAUAAAACCAUUGCGACCGGGGCAGUGCAGUUACUCGAGCGUUUCCAAUGGUCCUUGCUCAUUGCCGGUAUUGAAACGUCAGAUCCUGUCCACCUUGACUGGAUCAAGGCCAACAUCUCCGACGCAAGCAUUCGAGCUGUGCUGCACUUGAUACUUGACGAAAAGACUCGUUUAGGAGGGUCAAUAAGUAUGCAGACGAUUCGUGGAUUGGUCCAGAGAAAUUGUUUGGGUUAA